UGUAAAGUGGGUGUGUACUGCUUCACUCGGUUAACAAUAUAAAAUUUCUUGAAAUUUCAACGAACUAGCUGUUUUUGGUACAAAAUGUCAACCAGCCCAAAGCCUGUAAAGAAAGUGCCGAUUCACUUACAAAGCGCCCAGAAUCGCGUUUACAUUAAAAACGGUGAAAUCGUCAACCAUGAUAAAAGCUUCAAGGCGGACGUUUACAUUGAGGAUGGCAUCAUUAAAUUCGUUGGACCUGCGAGCGAUAUAACAAUUCCGGGCGGCGUACGUACCAUCGAUGCAACGGGCAGAAUGAUAAUACCAGGUGGCAUUGAUCCCCAUACACAUCUGCAGUGUCCGUUCGGUGAUACGGUUACCGUCGAUGAUUUUUAUCGUGGUACAAAAGCAGCUGUUGCCGGUGGCACGACUAUGAUAAUCGAUUGUGUGCUGCCCAAAAAACAUGAGUCAAUGAUUGAGGCCUACGACAAGUGGCGCAGCUGGGCGGAUCCCAAAGUAUGUUGUGAUUAUGCACUCCAUGUGGCCAUCACCUGGUGGUCCAAGUCGGUGUCCGAGGAGAUUGGCAUACUUUGCAAGGAGCUGGGCGUCAAUUCGUUGAAAAUGUAUAUGGCCUACAAGGAUCUCUAUAUGCUAAACGAUUCUGAUCUUUUGGAUGUUUUCGAGCGAAUUCGAAGCCUAAAUGGUGUCGCAAUGGUUCAUGCUGAGAAUGGUGAUAUUAUAGCCAAAAAUACAAAGAGCUUGUUGGCCGAGGGCAUCUGCGGUCCCGAGGGACACGAACUGUCCCGCCAAGAGGAGGUCGAGGCGGAAGCAGUGCAUCGCGCUUGCAUUUUGGCCCAUCAGAUGAAGACACCGCUAUACGUUGCCGGCGUAACCAGCAAAUCCUCCGCUGAGCUCGUGGGCCGAGCCCGUCGCAGUGGCUACUCGGUGUUUGGCGAAACCCUGGCCAGCUCCAUUGGUCGCAGUAUGAGCAGUGUUCGCAAGCCAGAACGUGUUUAUUACAUUACUAGUCCACCAAUCCGUAUGUCUGCCGAAACGCCCAGGCAACUCAUGAAAUCUCUGGCAUACGAUGAUCUGCAGGUCACUGGCAGCGAUAACUGUACGUACAACAAGAAACAAAAGGAGAUGGGUUUGAAGGACUUUACCAAAAUUCCAAAUGGCGUCAAUGGUGCUGAGGAUCGCAUGUCGGUGGUGUGGGAAAAGGGAGUCCAACAGGGUCUACUCGAUCCGUGCAGAUUUGUUGCCGUAACUAGUACAAAUGCGGCAAAAAUAUUCAAUAUCUACCCGCAAAAAGGCAGAAUCGCUGUUGGUUCCGAUGCUGAUAUUGUCAUAUGGAAUCCACUGGCUACGCGCACCAUCUCCAAGGAUACCCAUCAGCAUGCAUGCGAUUUGAAUAUUUUCGAGGGCAUGACCGUGCAUGGUGUGCCCGAAAUUGUAAUGGUCCGUGGGCGUAUCUGUGCCGAGAAUGGAACAAUUCGCGUUGCCGAAGGUCAUGGACGGUUCAUACCGAUGCCAGUGCGACCGCCAUUUGUUUAUGACAUUAUUGAGGGCAAAGUACAAUCAUCCGAGGAGCAGCAGCAGCAGCAGCACCAACAGCAACAGCACGAGGAACAUCACAAUGGCAAUUUGAUCAAAAAGUUUGCUGAAUUGGAUAUCCUAAUACCAGCACCGGAACCGCUUGCCGAAAUGCUCGCUGGCAACUUACCAAUGCCGGCGGAAGGUUCCAUUUGCAGCACACCCUCGGUGCGUGGACGUGUCGAUGGCAAACGAGAUAUGCAGGAAUCAUCUUUCUCGAUUAGCGAGGAGUUGGACAGAUCCGGUGUUCGUGCUUGUAUUAAAGUUAAGAAUCCGCCUGGUGGGAAAUCAUCCGGAUUUUGGUAAAGAAAAAACCAAACAGAAAACAAAAAAAAAUAACAUCUUAUCGACGCUUUAAGAUACAUAAUAAUCGCACAAAGCGGUCUUCAUCAGGCAGAAUCUGCGCUCAUUUAAAAUAAGAUUUAUAUAUCCACAAAAUAAGAUUUAUAUAGCCACAAAUGAAUUAUCUUCGCUAUUUAUAUUAAAUGUUUUCCAUUGAUUAGCUUAAUUUAAUCGCAUUUACAUAUAUAUUUAUGUAAAUAUAUAGCAGAAUAUUGUUUAAAUCACGUCGAUUUCCAAGUUGAAUACGGGAUGUCAUCAAUGUCCUUCAAGAAGUACCAGUGAAUAGUCUGAACCAAAUCAAAAAUUCUUUUUUUUUUUUCAGCUAAAUAAAUAGAUACCCCCGCCCCUCAUUAUGUUUUUUUGUAUUUCUAAAAUGAAAUUAAACGAUUUCCAUUGAUUUAAUGUUACGUUGUAGGCAUGCACUCUUUAUUUUUAAAAAUUAUGAUUGACAAACUAUGCAAAAUUAAAUGUUUCAUUAUAUAUUAACUCAAUAUAAGUAAUAUAAUACACAGUUAUUCAUGCUGAAUAUAUAUAAUUACAUUUGCUUUUAUUUUAUUUUAACAAUAUACAUAUAUCAUGCCUGUUGCAAAUAAAAUACACCUAUAACUGCCUAAACAGAUUAAUUGCGUAAAAUAUCUAACUCCAAAUCAUCAAUUCAGAGCAAUUAGGUAAUCUAUUAAUGUGUACUCAAAAAAUUUCAUCUGAUUUAUUGGGUAUUUUUUUAUAAUUGAAUUAAUAAUUUAAUGUAAUUGAAUUGAUUAACUUACAAGAGGUAAAAUACAAUUUAUUGGUUUUGCCUGUCUGCCUUUCAACUAUAUACUUACAUUUUGUUAAAGCAAAACAGUAUUAAUAAUCAUUAUAAAAGUCAUACAAAUAAACACACUAAUCAACUAAAA